CAUUCAUUAUUAUUGUCUGCAAUUUUUUUUUCAUAGGUGGACUUGUGAAGUUCAGCAAAUAGGUUGUCUCAUAAAAUUGCGAAGAUUCUUCUAAAUCUGCUACAGAAAUCACCCUAUCGACUUCUCGAAGAAAGUUUUAUAUCACUGUUGCAGACAUGUAGGAAUCUGAAACAACUUAAACAGAUUCAAGACCAGAUAAUCACAAAUGGGUUCCAGGAUAACGAGUACAUCGCCCCGAAAAUCGUUACAGUCUGCGCCGAUUCGAAGAAAAUGGGCUAUGCCCGGUUGUUCUUCGAUCGAAUUCCAGACCCAAAUUCGGUGCUCUGGAAUGCAAUGUUCAAAGGGUACGCAGAGAACGAAUUCUACAGAGAGGUUUUGGUUCUGUUCAAUCGGAUGAAGAGUAGGGACGUAAAGCCCAGCGCUUUCACAUUCCCCUUUGUUCUCAAAUCUUGUGGGAAGAUUUCUGCUUUACGAGAAGGUAAGGAAUUGCAUUGCCUUGUAAUCAAAUCUGGGUUUCAGGGGAACCCAUUUGUUGGGACUACACUGAUUGAUAUGUACUCGGGUGGAGGAGCAAUUGAAUCUGCUCAUCAAGUGUUCGUUGAAAUGCCUGUUAAGAAUGUGGUCAUAUGGACCGCAGUCAUAUCUGGGUAUAUUCUGGUUAAGGACAUUGUCCAUGCUCGUAAGCUCUUUGAUCUGUCACUAGAACGUGAUGUUGUGUUAUGGAAUACUAUGGUUUCUGGGUACAUUGAGUCAGGUGACAUGUUAAGGGCACGGCAGCUCUUCGAUGAGAUGCCCAACCGUGAUGUGAUGUCCUGGAACACUAUUUUAGUUGGAUAUGUGAACAAUGAGGACCUCAAGGCUGCUGAAGAGUUGUUUGAAGUUAUGCCUGAUAGGAAUAUCUUCUCUUGGAAUGGACUUAUUGGGGGAUAUGCACGUCAUGGUAGGUUCUUUGAAGUUUUGGUUGCAUUCAAGAGGAUGUUAGCUGAAUCUGAUAUUGUUCCUAACGAUACAUCGCUUGUGACGGUCUUAUCUGCUUGCGCAAGAUUAGGAGCACUUGAUCUGGGUAAAUGGCUACACGUUUAUGCUGAGAGCAAUGGAUUUAAGGGGAAUGUAUAUGUAGGAAAUGGAUUGAUUGAUAUGUACUCAAAAUGUGGGAGCAUUGAAAGUGCCAUUGGUGUCUUCAACAGCAUGGAAUUUAAAGAUUUGAUAACUUGGAAUAGCAUGAUUUGUGGGUUGGCUAUGCAUGGGCGAGGGGCUGAUGCCUUGAAUGCCUUUGAUUACAUGAAGAGUAUGGGAGAAAAACCAGACGGAAUCACCUUCAUAGGAGUGCUGUCUGCCUGCACUCAUAUGGGUUUGGUUAAUAAUGGCUUUUCUUACUUCCAAUCAAUGACUGAUGAGUACUCUAUCGUGCCUCAAAUUGAGCAUUUUGGUUGCAUGGCUGAUCUUUUAGGCAAGGCUGGUUUGCUCAACCAGGCUGUGGAGUUUGUGAGAAAGAUGCCUCUAAAAGCAGAUAGUGUUACCUGGAGUGCCUUACUUGGAGCUUGUCGGGUUCACAAAAAUGUCGAAUUGGCUGAGCUCGCGCUUGAACAUCUUAUCGAGCUUGAGCCAAAUAAUCCUGCAAAUUAUGUUAUGCUUUCAAAUAUUUAUGGAGAUGUUGGAAGAUGGGAUGAUGUGGCAAGAUUGAAAGUUGUUGCAAAGGAGAUGGGGGUAAGAAAAAUACCAGGGUGUAGUUCAAUUGAAGUGAAUGAUAGUGUUAUGGAGUUCUACUCGUUAGAUGAGAGGCAUCCUUGCAGAGAUGAGAUAUAUGAGGCCUUGGGAGGAUUAACAGAGCUAUUGAAAUCUUAUGGGGAUGAACCUGAUCUCAAGGAUCUUUGGUAAGAAAAUGGAGCAGUUAGACAGACUAUGAACAGGAAAAAAAAGAACAAAGCAUCGAAAAUCAUCUAAUUAGGACUUCCCUUAUAUGAACGAAGUCGGGAAGUCCGUUGAAUACACUGAUGAGGAGUGAUAUGUUGCAAAUUAAAGGAGUGAGAAAAACAAGAGCUACGCUGGUAAUGACCAGUGUCGAGGGAUGAUGUGCGGCUUUGGUUUAACAAAUCUGAUUUCAAAAAGAGUUGAAUUGAGAAUCCCAUUUUACUCGGAUCUUACUUCGAGUUCAGUUAUACUUUGCAACAGUUGAAACUUCAUCAUGGAAAAACCAGAGCAUGUUGCCAAAUGCUAAUUAAGUUUCAGCUCUUUGAAGACUAGAAGGAAUGAAAGGGUGGAUGAAAGAAAUAGCUCUCUUACUGUGACAGAAGAAAGUUCUCAUGCAAGAAAUGGAUCAAAUAGGUGACAGGAAAGAUCUUCUUCUUCUUCUCAUGUCCUUCCUUGAUCUAUACUUUCUGAUUCAUAUGCAAAAUCCAAGUACCUUUUAACACUUCUAACAGAGGUACUACUUAUUUUUGGGUAAGAGGACAGGGCUGACAUAUGCUUGCUGGAUCAAAUGCAAUAUUGCAAUUAGGGCUCUUCUACGUCACUGAGCUGAAGCAUGGUGAAGUCGGAAGAGGACCUCAAAAGAAGUCGAGUAUGGUUACAGGAUGCAUAAGUGAUUUGAAGAGAUACUCAAGAUACAUUCCAAUGUUUAUGAUACAUAAGUACAAAAUUCAUUUAUAAUCAAAAGUUACAGCAUCUAAACCUUCUGGGUGCUAUGAA